AAGGCAUUUCAGGCUUCUUCUUUUAGCUUCUAGUAUAGCUCACUGAAUAAAAUAGCUUGCAGAAGCCCAAAAGGCAGACACCGCGCAGGGCGAUAGAGACAGAGGAAACGAGCACGGAUCCUCCAUUGAAAAAGAGAGAGAGAGACAGAGAGGCAAAAAUAGAAGAGAUGAGUAUAUGGAACUACGUGGUGACGGCUCAAAAGCCAACCAAUGUUACCCACUCUUGUGUCGGCAAUUUCACUAGUCCUCAAGAGCUCAAUCUAAUUAUAGCGAAAUGCACUCGCAUCGAAAUUCAUUUACUCACUCCUCAGGGAUUACAGCCUAUGUUAGAUGUUCCAAUAUAUGGAAGAAUUGCGACACUUGAACUUUUCCGUCCUCAUGGUGAAGCACAAGACUUUCUAUUUAUUGCUACAGAAAGAUAUAAAUUCUGUGUUCUUCAGUGGGAUGCUGAGACAUCCGAGCUUAUUACAAGAGCAAUGGGAGAUGUAUCAGACCGUAUAGGUCGUCCAACAGAUAAUGGUCAGAUUGGCAUAAUUGAUCCAGAUUGCAGAUUAAUUGGACUCCAUUUAUAUGAUGGGUUGUUCAAGGUUAUUCCUUUUGAUAACAAAGGGCAGCUCAAAGAGGCUUUUAAUAUAAGGCUUGAGGAACUUCAAGUUUUGGAUAUCAAGUUUCUCUAUGGUUGUUCAAAACCUACAAUUGUUGUACUUUACCAGGAUAAUAAAGAUGCUCGACAUGUUAAAACAUAUGAGGUUGCUCUGAAAGAUAAAGAUUUUGUUGAGGGUCCAUGGUCUCAGAACAAUCUUGAUAAUGGUGCUGACUUGCUAAUACCUGUGCCCCCACCUCUCUGUGGUGUCCUUAUUAUUGGAGAAGAAACAAUUGUUUAUUGCAGUGCAAAUGCAUUUAGAGCAAUUCCAAUAAGACCUUCCAUCACAAGAGCAUAUGGAAGAGUUGAUGCUGAUGGUUCUAGGUAUUUACUUGGUGAUCAUGCUGGGUUACUUCAUCUUCUUGUUAUAACCCAUGAGAAAGAGAAGGUCACUGGUCUCAAAAUUGAGCUCUUGGGAGAAACUUCUAUUGCAUCUACAAUAUCAUAUCUUGAUAAUGCAGUUGUCUAUAUAGGCUCAAGCUAUGGAGAUUCACAGCUAAUAAAGCUAAAUCUACAACCUGAUGCAAAAGGUUCAUAUGUUGAAGUGUUGGAGAGUUAUGUAAAUUUGGGACCAAUUGUUGACUUCUGUGUGGUGGACCUUGAGAGGCAAGGCCAAGGUCAGGUUGUGACUUGUUCCGGAGCAUAUAAGGAUGGUUCUCUUCGCAUUGUUCGAAAUGGAAUAGGAAUCAAUGAACAGGCAUCUGUAGAGCUUCAAGGAAUCAAGGGGAUGUGGUCAUUAAGAUCUUCCACCGAUGAUCCAUUUGACACCUUCCUGGUGGUUAGUUUCAUUAGUGAGACUCGAAUUUUGGCAAUGAACAUGGAAGAUGAGUUGGAAGAAACUGAAAUAGAGGGUUUCUUUUCACAAGUGCAGACUUUGUUCUGCCAUUAUGCUGUCUACAACCAGCUUGUGCAAGUCACUUCAAGCUCCGUAAGAUUGGUCAGUUCUACAACAAGAGAGCUCCGGAAUGAAUGGAAUGCUCCAUCAGGUUAUUCGAUCAAUGUUGCCACUGCUAAUGCCACUCAGGUUUUAUUAGCUACUGGCGGCGGUCAUUUAGUUUAUCUGGAAAUUGGUGAUGGAACAUUGACAGAGGUAAAACAUGCUCAGUUGGAGUAUGAGAUAUCAUGCCUUGACAUUAAUCCUAUAGGUGAAAAUCCCAACAAUAGUCAGCUGGCUGCAGUUGGAAUGUGGACGGAUAUAAGUGUCAGGAUAUUUUCAUUGCCUGACCUAAAUCUCAUAACAAAGGAGCAUUUGGGAGGAGAGAUAAUACCUCGUUCUGUUCUUCUGUGUUCCUUUGAAGGGAUAUCAUACUUGUUAUGUGCUCUUGGAGAUGGUCAUCUUUUAAACUUUCUAUUGAAUUUGAAUACUGGGGAGUUAACAGAUAGGAAAAAGGUGUCUUUAGGCACCCAACCUAUAACACUCCGAACUUUCUCAUCCAAGAAUUCCAUUCAUGUAUUCGCAGCAUCAGAUAGGCCAACUGUCAUUUACAGCAGUAACAAGAAACUACUAUAUAGUAAUGUGAAUUUGAAAGAAGUUAGUCAUAUGUGUCCUUUCAACUCUGCUGCUUUCCCAGACAGCCUUGCAAUUGCAAAAGAAGGUGAACUUACUAUUGGCACCAUUGAUGAUAUUCAAAAGCUUCAUAUUCGGUCAAUUCCACUGGGGGAACAUGCAAGGCGCAUCUGUCAUCAGGAACAGUCUCGGACCUUUGCCGUUUGUAGUUUGAAACAUCAAUCUAAUGCAGAAGAAUCUGAGACACAUUUUAUUCGUCUGUUGGAUGAUCAAACCUUUGAAUUCAUAUCAACAUACCAACUUGACCCAUUUGAGUAUGGCUGCUCCAUACUUAGCUGCUCCUUUUCUGAUGAUAACAAUGUGUACUACUGUGUUGGGACUGCUUACGUUUUGCCAGAGGAAAAUGAGCCAACUAAGGGUCGAAUUUUAGUUUUCAUGGUUGAGGAUGGGAAGUUGCAGCUUAUUACUGAGAAGGAAACUAAGGGCGCUGUUUACUCUUUAAAUGCUUUCAAUGGCAAACUGCUUGCUGCUAUCAAUCAGAAAAUCCAGUUAUACAAGUGGAUGCUUCGAGAUGAUGGUUCUCGUGAACUGCAGUCUGAAUGUGGACACCAUGGGCACAUACUUGCCCUCUAUGUACAAACUCGUGGGGAUUUCAUUGUUGUUGGCGAUCUGAUGAAGUCAAUCUCCUUGCUAAUCUACAAACAUGAGGAAGGAGCAAUUGAGGAGCGGGCUCGUGAUUAUAAUGCAAAUUGGAUGUCAGCCGUUGAGAUUCUUGAUGAUGACAUCUACCUGGGUGCAGAAAAUAACUUCAACCUAUUCACAGUUCGGAAGAACAGUGAAGGUGCCACUGAUGAGGAACGAGGCCGACUUGAGGUUGUUGGUGAAUAUCAUCUUGGAGAAUUUGUGAAUCGAUUCCGACACGGUUCCCUUGUCAUGCGCCUGCCAGAUUCUGAUGUGGGUCAAAUCCCAACUGUUAUUUUUGGUACUGUUAAUGGUGUAAUUGGAGUGAUUGCAUCACUUCCUCACGAGCAAUAUGUCUUUUUGGAGAAGCUCCAAUCAAACUUAAGGAAGGUAAUAAAAGGUGUUGGAGGGUUGAGCCAUGAGCAAUGGAGAUCAUUCAACAAUGAGAAGAAAACUGUGGAUGCCAAAAAUUUCUUGGACGGAGACCUAAUUGAAUCAUUCCUUGAUCUCAGCCGCAGCCGGAUGGAUGAGAUUUCCAAGGCAAUGAAUGUUUCAAUAGAGGAGCUGUGCAAGAGAGUGGAAGAGUUGACAAGGCUGCAUUGA